CAGAUGCACCAACUUUGAACCCUGCUGUGGCCCCGUUAGCAUGGAUGCUGGGGACCUGGGUGUCAGAUCCCCUUGGGGAGGGGGAAUUUCCCUCUAUACCAUCAUUUCGCUACAUGGAUAAAGCUGUCAUAUCACAUGUUGGCCAGCCUAUGCUGCAUUUCAUGUUUUGUGCCUCCAACCCUGAUAAUGGGAAGCCACUGCACAGAGAGUGUGGAUUCAUCCAUGUGAAGCCGAGAACCAACAAGGUGGCAUUUGUAUGCGCCCAGAACCUAGGUGUUGUGGAGGUGGAAGAAGGGGAAGUGCAGGGGAAACAGCUCACUCUGACCUCACACUCACUCGGCAGCAUUAGCUUUGUCAAGAAGCCUCACGUGCAGCAGAUUUCCCGCACCUUCCGUCUGACCCCCGAAGGAAAACUGGAGCAUACAAUCUGCAUGGCGACCAGCACACAGGCCAUGGCUCGUCACACACGGGUUACAUACAAGAAAGUGACUUCAUAA